AUGCUGCGGGCAGUGUUCUACGCUCGUUUCCAUCCCGAACGCGGUCCCUCAGUGAUCCACCAGUAUCCGCCCUCGUCCAUCGUCUCAACAUCACGACCGAACGACACGCUCAUCAAAUGGAGCGAGAUUUCCGCCUACAUCAUCCCGCCAUACGACCUGUGUAAUCAGCCGCUUGGCAUCUGUGUAGAUCGUCAUCGCGUGCUGGCUUUCCCGGUCAGCCUGGAGCAUGAGGACUACCAUCGGAACAGAUUCACCUUCAACAUCUGCUUCGUGCUAGGUGAAGAUGAUGAUGCGACCCUGUGGGAUCCAAUUGUACGGAAAACAGCGAGGUUUUUGACGUCUGCCGAGGACGAUCACUGCUUCUUGCAACAAGAGGAGAAGAUUGCUGGCUUGAAGUGGGCGGGUGAUGAGGGAUAUCCUGUGGAUGGACUCGGUCAGGUGCAUGGCUUGCUCAGAGACGUCUUCGAAGGUCUGAAUACAUAUGGAGAGUGUAGUGUCAGGAUCAACGACGCCAAUGUGCUCAAUCUACGGCUCGAAGCUGCGAGGUCAGCUUCGCCCAAAGUCAGGGCGUGGGACGUGCCGCUGCUUAUCAGAGACUUGCCGUCUCGGGAGGUGUGGACUUGGGAUUUGACGUUGAAAAGGAUACAUACAUACAUUGAUGGCAUCAAGCACGUGCAGAAGAUUGCUGAGCUGGCAGAUGUGGAGCUUAAGUUGGUGAAGCGUGUCGUGAAAGAGCUGGUGUAUCAUGGUAGAGCUACACUGCUGGACAUCUUCCACUUCCAAGCAAUCUAUGCAUGCACGGAGACUGUAACCGUUCUUCUAAACGACGAAGAGCUGCAGGACGAAUGUAGGUAUUAUAUCACCAAGAGCACUGGGGCUACUGCUCCACACCUAGAAGGCAAGGAUCUGGAGAAAGAUGUCCCACCGACGAGACAACAGGUGGUCGAGCUCUAUACACUUCUGCACCCUGGCCUCCAACUCCACGAAUACUGUCUGACCCAUCGGGACCGACUCACCGGCGUCGACACCCGACGCUUAAUCACCUUCGGCAUCAUCAAGGGCUUCCUCCGCAGAGUCCACAAGCUUGCCCUCGCCUUGGAACCGCAGCAUCCGACCUCACCGCUAGCCGAAAAGAAGCGCUCCGGAAGCUCAACUUCAAAGUCAAAGCCUAGGUCGAGUGAGGAUGCCGCUGCCCGGGAGUAUCAUCGCGCUUGGAGGAGAGCUGCUCUGACCUCUGGUUGGGCAACACCACCUUCCGCCCCUCCACCUGCGGGUUUGGGACGAAGCUACAAAAGUGCUGAUCAUGUCAGGUCGGAAGAGGAUGAGAGGUUAAGGAGCUAUCUUGACGGGGGGCAUUGUAUGGAUCAGAUUUGUGUGGAGAUGCAUAUGAGUGAGAGAAAAGUUGUGGAGCGGUUGAGGAGUGGCCGAUUAGGGGAUGUGGUGCUAUUCAAUAAGUGA